AAAUGAAACCCCUCCAACCAAGCAGCCCUCACUCAAUGCAUGAUAGAGAUAGAGAGAGAGAGGGAGCACUUAGCGAAGAAAUGGAGCACAAACAAAUGAAAGGGCAUGUACUAGUACUCCCAUACCCAAGUCAAGGCCACAUUAACCCUCUUCUCCAAUUUGCAAAACGUUUAGCCUCUAAAGGUGUGAAGGCAACACUAGCCACCACCCAUUACACCCUCAACUCCAUAUCCGCUGCUCACAUUGCGGUGGAACCCAUCUCGGAUGGGUUCGAUGAAGGUGGUUUUUCUCAGGCAGGAAAUGUAGACUUUUACCUCAAGUCAUUCAGGGACCAUGGUUCCAGAACCCUGGCUGAACUCAUCCAAAAGUUCAGCAACUCAGUCACUCCAGUUAACUGUGUGGUGUACGACUCAUUUCUACCAUGGGCUCUUGAUGUAGCCAAGCAGCAUGGGAUUUAUGGAGCUGCAUUUUUCACCAACUCUGCAACUGUGUGUAGCAUCUUUGCCCAUAUUCACCAUGGUCUUCUCACUCUACCACUCACUCCUGAAACGACGCCGUUGCUUUUACCGGGACUGCCUCCGUUGAACUUCCCGGACUUGCCCAGUUUUCUGGGGUUUCCCGAUAGUUACCCUGCCUACUUGGCCAUGAAGUUGAGUCAGUAUUCGACUUUGAACCAAGCAGAUUGGGUUUUCAGUAACACCUUCGAAGAACUCGAAGGAAAGGAAGCAAGAGGGGUGUCAGAGAUCUGGCCAGCCAAGUUGAUUGGCCCGAUGGUACCAUCCGCAUACUUAGAUGAAAGGAUCAAAGGUGAUAGAGGGUAUGGUUCGAGUCUAUGGAAGCCACUUAGCGAAGAGUGCAUAGAAUGGCUUGAAACGAAGCCAUCUAACUCAGUGAUCUAUGUUUCCUUUGGAAGCAUGAUUUCAUUAUCCGAAGAACAAAUAGCAGAGCUCGCAUGGGGUUUAAAGGAAAGCAAUAUGUAUUUCCUAUGGGUCGUAAGAGACUCAGAACAGCAAAAAUUGCCCAAAUGGUUCCUAGACUCGGUUCAAGAGAAGGGCAAGGUCGUAACAUGGUGUAACCAGCUAGAAAUGCUCGCACAUAGAACCGUGGGCUGCUUCGUGACACACUGUGGGUGGAACUCAACCUUAGAAGGGCUGAGCCUCGGUGUGCCGAUGAUCGGUGUGCCGAAAUGGACCGAUCAAUUGACCGAUGCGAAGUUCGUGGAGGAGAUUUGGGAGAUAGGGGUGAGAGCCAAGGAAGAUGAGGUGGGUGUAGUGAGGAAAGAUGAGCUGUUGAGGUGCUUGAAGGAAGUAAUGGAAGGGGAGAAAAGCAAAGAGAUAAAGAGAAAUGCCAACAAAUGGAGGGAUUCAGCCAUGAAAGCAAUCAAUGAAGGAGGGAGCUCGGACAAGUGUAUCAAUGAGUUUGUGCAACAUUUGAUGGCUUCUUACCAAAACUUGAACGGACUUUGAGCAAGGUUUUAGGAUAUGCAUGGAUCAUGUGCACCAUACCUAUGUUGCUGCGUUGUAUUGUUUUGUGCCUUUUUUUAUUAUUUUCAAUUGUGUUUGGACUGUGUGUCAAAUUAUUUGAUGGAGUACUUUUGUUUGUUUCCAUAUUAUAAGAAUAAAAUAAUAAUAAUAAUAAGUCCUUACGUAA